AAUGGAUUCUUCCGACAUUUCCACCUGCAAUUUUCAACACUUCGAGCAACGCCAGUCGAUGUACGAGAACUAUUUGGAGUUCUUGCAAGGUCCGGAGCCCGAGGAGAAAAAGGAAAGGGGUUUGAUCAAACAACAUAUUGUCCCAAAAAUUUUGGCACAAUUGGACACCGAAUUGGAUGAGGAACGGGAAUAUCUGAAGGCGAUUCUGUGUUGCGCCUACAGAAGGUGCACCAAAUUGCGGUCAUACAUUCAAAGUAAGAUCAACAACGUGUUCUUCUGCUGCAUUUACGAAACGAAGCAAGUCUAUGGCAUCCCAGAGCUCUUGCAGGUCUUUGCCAAAAUAAUUGACUUUUAUGAAAUGCCACUCAAGGCGGAAAAAGAGCAGUUACUGGUCGAUAUCCUCCUACCGUUGCACAAACACGAUAAGCUUGACUUCUUCCACGAUGAUUUGGUGUAUUGCAUUACAAAAUACCUCAAAAGGAACAAUCUUCUAGCCGGACCGCUGAUAAUUGGCCUUUUGAGGUUCUGGCCGAAGAGGUGUACCAAAAAGGAGAUCUUGUUCCUUGAAGAACUCGAGGCUAUUUUGUGGAUGAGCGAUACCCUGCAACUUGAUGUAAUUCACGAGGCACUGUUUCGUCAAAUUGCCAAAUGCAUGUCCAGCAUAAGUUAUCGGGUGGCUGAAAAGGCACUUCAUUUGUGGGCCAACCCGGUGAUCCUAAAGCUAAUGGAGACCAACUAUAAGAUAAUCAUGCCCAUCGCCUUCCCAGCUCUGUAUGUCAACAGCCACAAUCACUGGGUCAAUUCAAGUUUGAGUAUCUUUCUGCGGAUAGACGAACACCUGUUCAAGGAGUUGGCCUACAACUACGAGGCAGAGCGAGAAAAGGCUCUUGAGUUCGAACGAGAGAAGCGAUGGAGAAAAGUUUACGAACUGCAAUCCACAAGCCGCGAACUGAAAUUCGAAUUCAAGUUUGAUAGGUUGCAACUUGAUGUAAUUCAGGAGCUGCUCUUUUGUCAAAUUGUCAAAUGCAUGUCGAGAAAAAGUUCUCAGGUUCCCAAAAAGGCACUUCAUCUAUUUUCCAAUCCGGUGAUCCUAAAGCUCGUAGAGGCCAACUACAAGAUCAUCACGCCCUUCGCGUUCCCAGCUCUCUAUGUCAUCAGCCACAACUACUGGGUUGCUCUGCGCUUUAGUAAGUUCCUUCGGAUCGACGAAAAUAUAUUUAAAGAGUUGGUCCAGGCAGAGCUUAAAAAGAAGCGAGAACUUAAGCUGGAGGAAUGGAGAAAAAUCUACGAACUGGGAUGUAACAACAAAGUCCUGCGAUCCGAAAGCCCAGAACUCCAAUACACUUCGACGUACAAAGUCGGCGAGCCCAAGUGCAUUCUACGCCAGGUUUUCAGACCUUAUGCAGGUAACGUAAGACACGUUGCUCAGAUGAAGAAGACCGUCAAGAAAUUACUGUUGAACGUUUAAAAAAAAAUCAUAAAAGU